UCUUAAAAACUAUAAUUUCGUCAUCCGGGCUUUCCAAUAGGUUGCACGUGAGGGGGAGAAAGUAGCGUCCUUCCACUUAAAGAGUUGAUACAAUGGCGUUGGUAUUGGUUGCUAAGAAGGGUACUACUUAGCCUAUAUGGCAUUUUUUUGGAUUUAGACCUGAUGAGAGAGGGCAGCCAAGGGACCUGACUGAAGCUGUGUGCAAGAUCUGCUCAUGUGUCAUCCGCGCAAAAGAUGGGCAGACGACCAAUCUUCAUGACCACUUGCGUGUUCGCCAUCCAGCAGAAUAUGCCACCUUGCCUGCACGUGCUGGAACUAGCAAAAAAGCUAGCCAGGGUCAGCAGACGAUAACUGGGGCUUUUGCAAAAGGCACUAAAUAUAAAACCGACAGUGACAGAUGGAGGCAGUUGACAGAUGCGGUAACUCGCUUCCUGGCCAAAGAAAUGGUUUCGUUCAAUACAGUGGAGAAGCCGUCGUUCAAGGCCAUGCUGCAUACCUUUGAUAAACAGUAUGAGCUGCCAGGUCGGAAAUAUUUCUCAAAGACGGAUAUCCCAAACCUUUUCAACGAGGUUAGAAGUAACAUCACGAAAGAGCUGGGUGAUGUAGAAUAUUUGGCCAUGACAACGGACAUGUGGUCCAGCUGUAAUAUGAUGCCCUACAUGUCAGUGACAGCGCAUUAUAUAAAUAAAGAGUGGACACUGCAGUCCAAAUGCUUACAAACUUGUUUCAUGCCCGAGAGCCAUACAGCAGAUAAUUUGGAAGAAGCACUGCGCGAGGCAAUAAAUGACUGGAAACUACAAGAGAAACAAAUUGCCUGUAUAACUACCGACAAUGGGGCGAAUAUUGUUGCAGCCAUCCGGCAGUUGAAAUGGCCAUGGUUAAGUUGCUUUGGGCACAACUUGAACCUGGCCAUAAACAACUCGCUUGCGCAACAGAGGGCCAGCACAGACCGAGCUUUCAGGGUUUGCCGGGCAGUCAACACUGCGUUUUCGCACAGCUGGCGACGUGAACUGCAGAAAGCACAAGUGGAAAUGAAACUCCCUGAGCACUCACUGAUCACGGACUGUGCAACACGAUGGGGCUCAAAACAGCAAAUGGUGGAGAGAAUUCUGGAGCAGGAGCAAGCCAUCAAACGUGUGUUUGCCCAAGACAAAAGCCGCCGCCCACUCCCCCAGCUGACAUGGCAAGACAUGACUGUUCUGGAAUCUGUGAACAACACGCUGAAGCCAGUAGCGGACUUCACGGACAUUCUCUCUGGAGAAAAUUACGUAACGGUGUCCUCACUGCUGCCCAUGUUGGCCCAUUUAGAAGGUGUGCUGGAGGAGUCAGGUGAUGAUUCCAAACUGACAGCCGACCUGAAGCGUGUCAUCCUGGAGCAGAUGGAAGGCAGAUAUGGUGAUGACACCAUCCAGAGGAUGAUGCGUAAAGCAACGCUGCUCGACCCAAGGUACCGAGGGGAACAUAUGAAACCUCCAGAACUUCAUUCUACAAAAUCUGAAAUAAUGGAAGAGACUGUGAGAGAGAUUGAUCUGUCGCUGCCAAGGCCAACACCAGGUCCCUCACAUGCUGGAGAAGAUGUAGACGAACCAGAUGCCGGCGUCGCCACCGUGCCUAAGAAAAAAAAGUGGUCUUUAGGCAGCCUUCUUGCGAAGAGAACAGCCACAGCAGCUGCAGCCAAGCUCACUGAUGAGCAAAAGGUCGAGUCAGAAAUGACCAUUUACCUGCAGGAAAUGGCCAUCGAUGGGGAAGAGGACCCACUGACUUGGUGGAAAACGAACGAAAAAAGGUUUCCGUUCAUGGCCAGAUUAGCACGGAAAUAUCUGUGCAUAUGUGCUACCAGUACUCCUUCAGAGCGGGUCUUCAGCACAGUGGGGAGUGUAGUUACUCCAAUUCGCAGCUUAUUGAAACCAGACAAAGUGAACAUGUUGGUAUUUCUGGCCAGAAACAUCGAAAUUUAAACAUGGUCUAUGUAUGUAAAUCCUGCGUUUCGGUCUGAUUGUUGUUCCCGUUUUGUUGUUCUUUGUUGUUCUUCUGUGUUUUAAUAAAUUUGUGUUAUCUGAAUUACCUUCAUUCUUUCGUUUGAUUUGACAUCAUGGCCAAGGAAAAUUGUCUUUAAAGGUAUUUAUUAACCAGACAAAAGUUAAUUGACGUUCGCUGAAUUCUGUGUUUAAACUGCCGCUUCAGUGCAGUAAAGCCACACAUCUAUGUAACAAUGAGCACGAUCUCCCGAGACACUACAAUAGGAUACUUAUAAUUCAUUAAUAAGGCCUGUUUUCUUGUACAAAAUAAAAAUGUAAAAUAAAUGUACAGUGUUUAACAUGCAAAAAAAGACAAGAUUCUAACAAUGUCAAGA